ACUAGAAGAGGGAGGAGGCACACAACUCGGAGAGAAGCUGUAAAGCAGUACAGAGCAGAGAGCAGAGCAGAGCGAGAGCAGAGCUGCGGCUGAGAAAAGAUACAUAUGCUGACACAAACCACACACCACUCGCGGAGUCAAUCGCACAUCCAGCCCAGCUUGGAGGCCUCACCAUGGCUGAGUCGCCUGGCUGCUGCUCCGCCUGGGCCCGCUGCCUCCACUGCCUGUAUAGCUGCCACUGGAGGACCUGCCCCAAAGAGAGGAUGCAAACCAGCAAGUGCGACUGUAUCUGGCUUGGCCUGCUCUUCCUCACCUUCCUCCUGUCCCUGACCUGGUUGUACAUCGGGCUCAUCCUUCUCAAUGACCUGCACAACUUCAAUGAAUUCCUAUUCCGCCACUGGGGCCACUGGAUGGACUGGUCCAUAGCAUUACUGCUGGUCGCCUCUCUACUGGUCACAUACGCAUCGCUGCUGUUGCUCCUGGCCCUGCUCCUGCAUCUCUGUGGACAGCCGCUGCAUCUCCACGGUCUCCACAAGGUGCUACUGCUCCUUAUUUUGCUUCUUGUGGUCACCGGCCUUGUGGGACUGGACAUCCAAUGGCGGCAGGAGUGGGAUAGUUUACGCCUGUCACUGCAGGCCACAGCUCCAGUCCUGCAUAUUGGAGCAGUCGCUGGAAUCACCAUCCUGGCCUGGCCUGUGGCUGAUACCUUCUACCGCAUCCACCCGAGAGGUCCCAAGAUUUUGCUACUGUUCCUCUUUUUUGGAGUUGUCCUUGUCAUCUACUUGGCCCCUCUAUGCAUCUCUUCACCCUGUAUCAUGGAACCCAGAGACUUACCUCCCAAGCCUGGGCUGAUAGGACACCGAGGGGCCCCCAUGCUGGCCCCUGAGAACACACUGAUGUCCCUGCGGAAGACGGCCGAAUGCGGAGCUGCUGUGUUUGAGACCGAUGUGAUGGUCAGCUCCGAUGGGGUCCCCUUCCUCAUGCAUGAUGAGCAGCUAACCAGAACCACGAAUGUAGCCUCUGUGUUCCCAUCCCGGAUCACAGCCCACAGCAGUGACUUCUCCUGGGCAGAACUGAAGAGACUCAAUGCUGGGGCCUGGUUCCUACAGAGGAAACCCUUCUGGGGAGCCAAGCAGCUGUCAGAGCCUGAUCGGAAAGAAGCGGAGAACCAGACAGUACCAGCAUUAGAAGAGCUACUGAAGGCAGCGGAAGCCCUCAACCUUUCGGUCAUGUUUGACUUGCGCAGACCCCCACGAAACCACACCUACCAUGACACUUUUGUGAACCAGACACUGGAGACUGUGCUGAGUGCAAGGGUGCCCCAAGCCAUGGUCCUUUGGCUACCGGAUGAAGACAGGGCUAAUGUCCAACGACGAGCACCCAGAAUGCGCCAGAUAUAUGGACAGCAGAUAGGCAACAGAACUGAGAAGCCCUGGCUUCUCAACCUCCCCUAUCAAGACCUGCCAUUGUUGGAUAUCAAGGCACUGCACCAAGAUAACGUCUCAGUGAACCUAUUUGUAGUGAACAAGCCCUGGCUCUUCUCUCUGCUCUGGUGUGCAGGGGUCGAUUCGGUCACCACCAACGAUUGCCAGCUGCUGCAGCAGAUGCAUUACCCCAUCUGGCUUAUUCCUCCUCAAACCUACUUAAUGACGUGGAUCGUUACUAACUGCAUCUCCAUCCUGCUGCUGUUAUGCACCUUCCUCCUCCAAGGGAGAUGUGCUAAGGAGAGAGAGAGAACAGGGCUCGAAACAGCAGUGCUGCUGACCAGGAUCAACAAUUUCAUGACAGAGUAAACACCCUGCCCUGCCCUUUCCCCAUCUAGUAUCUAAGGCCUGUCUUCAUCGCUUACCUACAAGAGAGGGAGAAGGGCCCAAAUGGAAUAUCUUGCAGUAGUGAGUUUUGGUGGGGGCCAACUUUACCAACGGGAGUUUUGAACAAAGAAGGCCCUCUGCCUGGUGAUGGGAAGGCCCUCAUGCUGCCAUGGAAUCUGCUUCUCUUGGGGUUUUGACAUGGGACAGGUGGGAAGACAGUGAGUCAUGAGAAAUUUCUCCUAAAAUGAAACUAGAAUGAGGAAGUAAAAGGGCAAUUGCAAGGUAGUGUCUCCGACCUGUGUGCACACAUUCUUGCGUAGAAGGCACAGGGUGUGUCAGGGGUGGGACAGUUUGGAACACUGACGGAUAAAAUGACAUUUUCGGGAGAACUACAAGGUGAUGGAGACACAGUCCCCGUUCCACGCAUUGUUUUCACGAUCCUUGCAAUUCAGCGAGGGGUAGGAGAUAAAGAGCCCAUCUAGUCAUGUAAUUCUGUGUUUACAGGUGGCUUUUUGCUGUGCACAGUCUUUUCUUUGAGAUUGGAUGGUUUCUGUAUCUUGUCUGUUAAUCUGGUACUCAAUGAAUUUAAUUCCUAUUUGA